AUGUCGCAAAGACAGCCACGCUUCAAUCAGCAGGUCCUCAUCGACACGACUCCCCUCCCCGAUAACAUCCCCAAAGUCCAAGAGAUUGGAUCCUCCUCAGCACCUCUUCUUUCCGCUUCCUACUUCAUCGGCGCACGAUGCAGAGCAUACAACGAUGACUUCAUGCAAUGCAAGGACCAAUCGAAUGGCAAGGGCGAGACGGAGUGUUUGAAGGAAGGCAGGAAGGUCACACGAUGCGCUGCGGGCGUUAUAGAUGACAUCAACAAGAGCUGUCUGGAGUCAUUCAGAAAGCAUUGGGAGUGCUUGGAUGACAACAACCAGCAGCUGUGGCAGUGCAGAGGGGCGGAGAGGAGUUUGAACAAGUGUGUGUUUGACAAUUUGAAGUUGGAGAAGAAGAUUCCCGGCGCCCCAGAGAACGAGACGCCAGUGCACCUGCGGAAGAGGCAGAUAUAUGCACACUCAGUAUUCGGCCAGUAG